GAAAAUCUGCUGAACUGGAUGCUUCCACCAAAUCUCAGAGAUGACUCACAAUUGUCCCAUUGUGCCUGUAAGAAAGCAUGACCUGUCUACAAUCACUCCAUUCAGAUCCUCCUGACUCUCUCCUCUAAAGUGAAGAAAGAGGUAAGCAAAGAAAACUACUCUGACCUAAAGCCUCUUCUAAGCACAAUGGUCAAUUCAAAAUACACCAGAGGAAUCCAAGCUGCCAAUAUCUUGCUGUCCCUCAAGCUUGUUGGGAUUCAGAACCAAAGCCUAGAACAUCAGCUGACCCAGCGGAUCCAAGAAGAUAUGGAAAGGAAAGGGUCCAACUUAACCUCAGGACAGCUUGCCUUGAUUAUUCUGGCUCAGGAAGCAUGUAAAAACACCAGUGAAGUGUUUAUAAGGGAUGUCGAUCUGGUCAAAACACUAGAAGAGAAAUUCCGAGCAGAAAUUGGGAAUAUGGAAAUACAUAAUGGCAAUCCGCUGACUAACUAUUACCAGCUCAGCCUGGACGUCUUGGCCUUGUGUCUGUUCAGUGGGAACUACGCAGUCACUGAAAUUGUUGACCACUUCGCUCCUGACAAUAAAAACUAUUAUCUUGGUGGCCAUUUCUCAGUAGAUACUGGAGCAAUGGCUGUUCUUGCUCUGACCUGUGUGCAGAGGAGUAUAAUGAGCGGGAAGAUUGAAGCAGAUGAAAAGGAUUUAAACAAAAUCAAUCAUUACAGAGAGUCGCUGGUAAAUAAGACUCUGUCUGAGGAAAAAGAUGGUCUCUUUGGAAACACAUAUAGUACAGGAGAAGCCAUGCAGGCUCUCUUUGUCUCAUCGAACUAUUUCGAAAAUGAACAGAAUUGCCAAAAAACUCUUCACACAGUGCUUCGCAAUGUUUCUCAGGGAGCAUUCCGUAUGCCAAUUGCCGCAGCCCAGAUCCUACCUGCCCUGAUGGGAAAGACCUACUUGGACGUUAACAAUCACUCUGCCUGUGCCCACAGUCCAGACUUCAACAUCUCCUCUGAUGACCCUGUAUCUGUGACACCGACUGUCUCACCCUCAAACAUCACAGUCAACUACUACGUGCAAAUCAAUGAAACACAGCCCAUCAGUGUCACCGUGAAAAAUGGUUCUGUCUUCCUCGAUGUGAUGGAGGCAGCUCAGAAGAAAAAUAGGACUCUAUUUUGUUUCACAACGGUGGACAGCUCAUGGGGCCCCUACGUCAUCUCUGUCCAGGGCAUACAGGCCAACAAUAAUGACAGAACCUACUGGGAACUUCUGAGCAAUGGCAAACCCCUGAGCCAAGGAGCUGGGAGUUAUGUUGUCAAAGAUGGAGACAAUUUGGGGGUUCGUUGGGCCAAAUAUUAAUAAACUGAAACCUUCCUUCUCUGGGUCUAAUCUUUUUGUAGUGGAAUUCCACAUGAAAAUUGGCCUCACACCUUCCUUCUAAUUUAUCUCAGUCUAGUAAGACAGUCAGUGACCCCCUGUUUCUCUCUUUGCAUGUUCAAUAAAAGAUCAACAACUAUA